AUGGCCCCGGCUUUGGCCUCACUGAUAACAAUAGGCGAACACAAAUACUACUUUUCCACCACAUCCAGACCCGUUAUCCUUCCACAGAAUUUGAUAACCAGACUCGCCUUCUUUGAUCAAGAAUAUAUUCCAACGACUUUGUUGCAUUGGGACCAAUCCGACUUUACUCCAAAUGACCUCGAGUCGAUCUGUCAGGGCUUUGAGAAGCAGGACGAUGUGUGGACUCGCAGCUUCUUAUCGGUCAUUGUUCUCUUGCAACCACCCGAGAUAGGAACUGGUGUUAGAACCAAACGCAUUUUCUCCGUCGAUUCAUCAAAGUUGAACCUACCGCAUGGUCCAUAUGUGGUAGAGAAGUCUACCGGCCAUGUCUUGCCGGUCUUCAAAUGUAUGGCAGAUAGCCACGAAGCCUUUGUGAGUGGACUGCUGCCGAUAUCGAAAUCGAGGUCAACCUUCAGUGAGCUACCCACCAGGAAUGGUAUUCCUGUGCCUUCUAAGUUAUACAGUCGUCAAAGUGAUAGACCACUCACCGGAUUGAGAUUCGCCGUAAAGGACACGCUCGCCAUACAAGGUCUGAGAACAGGGUUUGGCAAUCAAGCCUGGCUCGAAACUUACCCACCAGAGAAGACAACGGCUCCCGCAAUACAGAUGCUCCUGGACGCUGGUGCGACAUUGAUCGGCAAACUGAAGCCCACCGAGUUUGCGGAAGGUGUCGACCCAACUGAAUGGAUUGACACCAUCUGUCCAUACAAUCCGCGCGGAGAUGGUUGUCAAAAGCCCUCCUCCUCGAGUACCGGAAGUGCCGUCGCUGCUGCGGCAUAUGACUGGGUGGAUUUCACAAUUGGCACCGACACAGGUGGUUCCAUCAGACAUCCUGCUGGCGUAAACGGCAUUUUCGGUCAGAGACCUUCACACGGCCUCAUAAGUCUGGAAGGUGUACUUGGCGCCACUGACCUUUUCAACACCGUUGGGAUUUUCGCUAGAAAUGUACAGACAUUCUCUGAUGUGGGUUCACACCUCGUCAGUCCUCGGAAACUUCCACAGCUGAAGCAACACGGUCGGAGAUACAAUCUGCUUUACCCGACUCGUGCUCCACAAACCCAGACACCUGACCAACAUCACGGCGGUCAGCAUCGUUGGUUUCCUCACCCGUCGGUGGACUCGGCAUCUUGGACAGAGGCCGAGAAGCAGAUUGAGGGAAUGCUACUCCAGCUUGAAUCCAAGCUCAACUGUAAGCGGAUCCCAUUCAACAUCAAUGAAUUGUGGCGAGCCACACCUCCCUUGGGUCAACCCAGAUCGCUCGAUGAAGCAGUGGGCCACAUUUAUUCUGCAAUCACCACAGCGUCUGCCAUUCACGGAGGAUUGGACAAAUUUAUAUCCGACUUCCAGACCGCCAAUAACGGCACAUCCCCUAAGAUAUCUGAAUUGGUCAGCAAGCGCCUCGAUCAUGGACGUUCUCUCAAACCUGCAAAGCUCGCCGAAGCCCUGGAGGCCAUGCAAGCCUUCAGGACAUGGACUGAGACAACGCUUUUCAGUUCCUACGACCAAGAAGCCACCACACUACUGGUCUUUCCACAAUCAUGCGGCCGGCCGGACUAUCGCGACGAUAUCCCCGAUCGUACCGUUCUCUUCAACGACACCUUUAGCAUCUAUUCGUUUGGUUAUCUGGUGGGCUGUCCUGAUUAUACCGUGCCUGUAGCCGAGGUUCCAUAUUUUUCUACAGUCACAGGGCAGACCGAGUUUCUCCCUGUGUCCAUCAGCCUGGUUGGAAGACCCGGUACCGACGUGGAGUUGUUCAGUCUCUUGCGACAUUUGCAUCAGGAAGGCGUUAUUUCCGAUGUAUUGGCUGGUCCUAGACUUUUUGCGAGCGAGCACGGCGUUGCUAAUGCGGCUUCUAAAUAG